AUGGCGGAUCACUCAACCACCCCGUCACCAAGCUCCCUCACCCUCCUUCACACGCUGCACCACCCUGGCAGCGGCUCUUCGCGCUCAUGGCAGUCCCUCCCGCACCCGGACCCCUCUACCCCGCUACUGGCAACCGCCUCGGCCGAUAAAAGCGUAAACAUCUACUCGCUGAGGGAUUUCUCCCUCGUGUCCACAAUAUCUGGCGGACACAAGCGCAGCGUGCGGACCGUGGCGUGGAAAGAUUUCGGCCGUCCCAAAAAGAAUGCCAGAAGGAAGCCCGUCGUGCUAGGAACGGGCAGCUUCGACGCCAAUGUCGGCAUAUGGGUGUGGAAUGACGAGCGGCGGCGCGCGCAACUGGGGCUCGGACUCGACGGUGGUGAAACAGGCGACUCGCACGCCUCAACAUCAGAGGAUGCCUUUGAGACGGACAUGAACGACGACAUGGAAGAAUGGCACUUCAGCACCCUGCUUACAGGUCCGGACAGCGAGAUCAAAUCCAUUGAUUUCAGCCCGCCGCAUUACCCUGCGAAUAUUCUGGCCACGAGUUCGCGAGACAAGAGCGUAUGGAUCUGGGAGGAGGUGGAGCCCGAGGAGUGGGAGACCAUUGCCGUGUUGAGCGAGCAUACGGGCGAUGUCAAAUGUGUCGGGUGGUGCACGGGCGCAAAGAGGAGGAAAGUCCAGAAACGGAGGAGCGGCGUCGCGCGAGGACAGGGAGACGGAGAUCUGGAGAUGGGUAAUGGGGCUGAAGCGCAAGUUAAUGGUCUUUCUUCAUCACUGCAACACGGCAGCGCAGAGGAUGAGGAUGAAGAAGACGAGAUCGUGGGUGUUCGCCCCAUCCUCGCGUCCGGGUCCUAUGACGACACGAUCCGUCUAUGGCGCGACGUGGAAGAAGAAGGUGACUGGAUCUGUGUGGCAGUGAUAGCUUCGCAUACAGGCACGGUCUGGGAUUUGAAAUGGGAGGGCUACAUCAACUACUCGGUCCUCGAUAAUUCCCACGGCGCAACAGCCGAAGAGGAGCAUACCGCGAUUCGGGCCUUUGAAGAGGAUUGGCAGCCGCGCAUCGUUUCCUGCUCCGAUGACUUGACCGUCCGCGUAUGGCGGAAGCAAAUGAGUGCAGCUGAGAAGGAGAAACGACGGCAACAAAGGCAAGCAGGUGCAGCUACCAACGCUGCUGCGCCCAUGGGAUUUGCGUCGAGCAGGAUACCCUCGGUGAUACGGCCCAUGAGCGCGAUGGAAAACUGGGUCGAGGACGCGAUUCUCCCGCAAGCUCACGUGCGGAGCGUCUACGCGGUAGAUUGGUCCAGACGUACAGGCCUGAUAGUCAGUUGCGGAGGCGACGGGACGAUUGCCGUGUACAGAGAGGUUGCGGCACCCGGGCCGGAAGGAGAGGAUGUCGUUAUGAACGGCACGGCUGCAGAUCCUCCGACCCCCGAGAAUUACACGGCUGAGGAAAGCGAGCCCUAUAAGCUGCGUAAGUCGACAUGGGAAAUCGUAGCGCUGAUGGAAGCAGCGCACGAUGAGUACGAAAUCAACCACGUCUGUUGGGCUGAGAGGAGGGACAAAGACCGACGCUUUGACGGCGAGGAGAUGAUCGUGUCUACAGGCGACGAAGGCGCCGUCAGGAUAUGGACUUUACCCGAGGAUUUGGUGAAGGAUGUACAAUGA